AUGGCCGAACCCAUCAAAAGAGCAUACGGGGUCAAAGAUAUAGAGCCGUUUUACGUCGGGGCCACGGCAGCGGCUUUUUCCCUGGACGGAUCCAUCGUCGCCACGCCGCUUAAUGAGGAUGUCGUGGUGACCGACUUGAACAGAAAUAUCACACUCCACACGCUAGAAGGCGACGGAGAACUUGUCACAGCCCUCGCAAUCACACCUGACGGCGCCCAUCUCGCCGUCAUUUCCCAAUCCCAGCAGCUUCGAGUGUACAAUGUCGAAAGCGGAGAAAUCACGAAACAGACGAAGCUCUCUGCUCCAGUAUACAUCGCUACUGCCGACGAGACCUCGUCACUUUUUGCAUUUGGCUCCACGGAUGGAGUUGUCACAGUGUGGGACGUCGAUGGCGGGUACGUGACCCACUCGCUCAAAGGUCACGGCACCAUCAUCUGUUCCUUGUGCUUCUACGGUGAGCUUCACUCGUCCAAGUGGAUGUUAGCGCUGGGAGACACCAUGGGCACAUCGAAAGUGUGGGACUUGGUUAAAAGAAAGUGCAUUUCGACUCACCAGGAGCACUCGGGCGCCGUGAGAGGCCUUGCGUUCUCGCCAGACGGAUCGCAGUUCAUCACCGGUGGAAGAGACGCCGUGGUGGUUUUCUACAACACAGACAACUUGCGUAAGGUUGUGAAUACCGUGACCGUGAGGCAUCAGGUCGAAUGCUGCGGUUUCACUCAGCUUCCGCUGGGAGAAGAUGUUUUCUACACUGCAGGCUCAGAGAACCAGGUGAAGCUCUGGGACAUUGCCUCGGGUAAGCCGCUUGGAGGGUCGCCCAAACCGUUGGAAACAUCCGAGGAGCUCAUGGCGAUCGAAGUCGUCCACACAAACGAAAACUCCCGUCUUUGGAUGGUGGUUUCUGACCAGACAAUGGUGGAGAUGUCCCUCGAGGACAUGUACGUUGAAAACGGUGCUGCUGUGAUUCCCAUCACGAGGCGAGUUGCUGGUAACCACGGAAUCAUUGCUGAUCUUCGCUACGCCGGCCCCAACAUGGAACUCGUUGCCAUGGCCACCAAUGCACCAGCCUUGCGUGUGGUGGACCUCAGUGCUCCUCUUGACGUACACCUUCUCGAAGGCCACACGGACCUUCUUAAUUGCAUAGACGUUUCCGAGGACGGAAAAUGGAUUCUCACGGGAAGCAAGGACAACCUGGCCAGGCUCUGGGCGUGGAGCGACGAGGAGGAGUCUUUUUCUUCAUAUGCUGUUUUCACCGGUCACGCUGGAGCCGUCACCGGCUGUGCUCUUCCGAAGAGCAUCAACAAAAUUCCCGCUUUCAUCAUCACAGCUUCUGCUGAUUUGACCGUCAAAAAAUGGCGUGUACCAAAAGAGGCAGGCGCCACGAUGAAAACCAGUGAAUACACCAGAAGAGCUCACGACAAGGAUAUCAACUGCGUUGCUGUCGCACCCAACGACGAGCUUUUUGCUACUGCUUCUUUCGACAAACUCGGCAAGGUCUGGGACUUGGAAUCCGGCGAAACUGUCGGUGUUCUCAAAGGUCACAAGCGUGGACUUUGGGAUAUCAGUUUCUGCCAGUACGACAAACUUAUCACCACAGCUUCUGGAGACAAGACAGCUAGAGUCUGGUCGUUGGCCGACUACACGUGCACAAAGACGCUUGAAGGCCAUACUAACGCCGUGCAACGAAGCCGUUUUAUCAACAAGAGCAAGCAAAUCGUCACCACUGGAGCAGACGGUUUGGUGAAGUUGUGGGACGUCAAGGAGUCUGAGUGUGUCGCCACUUUGGACAACCACAGCAACCGUAUCUGGGCUGCUGAUGUCAAAGAAGAUGGUCUACAGAUUGUCACUGCCGAUGCUGAUGGCCACAUGAGUCUCUGGAGAGACCGUACAGACGAGCUUCUUCUAGAACAAGAGCAGCAGCAAAAAGAGAAGGUCGAACAGGAGCAGCAGUUGAGCAACUACAUCAACCGCAGCGACUGGAGCAACGCCUUUUUGCUUGCACUCACGUUGGAGCAUCUGAUGAGGUUGUACAAUGUGGUGAAGGCUGCUAUUGGAGCCAACCAGGAUCCCGAGCUGGCCGUGGGACUGAAGGAGCUUGAGGAGACAAUGAGGACGUUGCAAGGGGAUCAGAUGGAGGCGCUUCUCAAAAGAGUCAGGGACUGGAAUAUCAACUUCAAGCAGUUUGAGAUAGCACAGAAGGUGUUGUCAGUUAUUGUUGCUCAGCUUGACAUGGACAACGGCGCCAUUCGAAAGAUUGUGGAGCAGGUUAUUCCGUACAACGAAAGGCACUACCAGAGACUCGACGAGUUGGUUGAGCAGACGUAUGUGCUUGACUAUGUUGUGCAAGAGAUGGAGAAGGUUUAG